CGCCGCCUACCAACCAAACGGGGGCACUCGGUUCGCUUGCGCACACUUGCGCACGGAGCAAUAUUAACAACCGGGCACUAGUGGUUGUUUGCGCUUCAACCAGUACGGACGGGGCGGACGGUUUUCGUUUGCAAAGCAGCUAGCGCUCGACGGCAUUUGAACAAAUCGUCAAGCAUGGCAACGAUGCAGUUUACACGCAACUUGUUGCAGCAGUGCAGCAGCGCAGCAAGCGCACGCCUCGUCUUCUAUAGUACUGCCACUGCCGGUAAUCAUAAGCUUCGGCAGAUCAUUCAACACCAGCUGGACGACAUUCGGGAGGCCGGAACGUACAAGAGCGAGCGUAUUAUAACCACGCCGCAAGCGACGGCUAUUGGUGUGGAGGGUAGCACUGGCAAGAUUCUUAACUUUUGUGCUAACAACUACCUCGGACUAUCGGCCAAUCAUGACGUCAUCAACUAUGGCAAGAAGGCACUCGAUGAGUACGGUGCUGGGUUGAGCUCUGUUCGCUUCAUCUGCGGCACGCAGGACAUUCACAAGCAGCUCGAGAACAAGCUGUCGCAGUUUCACCAGCGUGAGGAUACGAUCCUGUACGCGUCAUGUUUCGAUGCCAAUGCUGGCAUCUUUGAGGCGGUUCUGACGCCCGAGGAUGCCGUGUUUUCCGACGAGCUGAAUCACGCCUCCAUUAUCGACGGCAUUCGGCUGUGCAAGGCGAAGAAAGCGCGCUAUCUGCACCGCAACAUGGCCGAUCUGGAGGAGAAGCUGCGUACGACGGACGCCCGCAUCAAGAUGAUCGUAACGGACGGUGUGUUCUCGAUGGAUGGUAAUGUGGCACCGUUGGCGGAAAUUUUCGAGCUAGCCGACCGGUACGGUGCGGUUACGUUCGUGGACGAUUGCCAUGCGACCGGGUUCUUCGGCAAAACUGGGCGCGGUACGGAGGAGUUCUACGGCAUGCUGGGACGGUGUGAUAUUAUCAAUUCCACGCUGGGGAAAGCGCUUGGCGGUGCGGCCGGUGGUUAUACGACGGGACCGCGCGAGCUGAUCGAUCUGUUGCGCCAAAAGUCUCGGCCGUAUCUGUUCUCCAACUCGCUGCCUCCGCCAGUGGUUGCGAGUGCGUUGAAGGUGAUCGAUAUGCUGAUGGAAUCGAGCGAACUGACGGCGAAGGUGCAGAGCAAUACGCGCCGCUUCCGGGAGGCGAUGACGCGGGCUGGUUUUACCAUCUCCGGCAUGGAUCAUCCAAUUAGCCCGGUAAUGUUGGGCGAUGCACGCCUGGCGUCGACGUUUGCGGAUGAGAUGCUGAAGCGUGGCAUCUAUGUGAUCGGCUUCAGCUAUCCGGUCGUUCCCAAGGGCAAGGCUCGCAUUCGUGUGCAGCUGUCGGCGGCUCACUCGGAGGAGGAAAUCGAUCGUGCGGUGGCGGCAUUCAUUGAGGUCGGCAAGCAGCUGGGUGUGGUGUCGUAAGACCGGGGCACACUUGCACAUAAGACGUUCGGUACAUUGUUCAGAUGUUUCGAGCGGAACAUGGAAUGGAUUAAUGUUGAAAAA